AUGGAGUCCAGUCCAGCCCAAUAUGCCGACAUCAACCCAGGUCCCGAUCAAGAUCAUGCUCCGCUAGAUAACUACCCAAGCUACUCAACCACCAUUGUAAGUUCCAAUUCAAACCCAACAGGCUCUCCUAAAUAUGACACCUCCCGGCCCCGACCCCGCGCCUCCUUCAUCAGCGACCGCAUAAAUCGCAUCCCGGACCCCCUUCGCAAUGGCAUCGUCGCCACCACCGGCGAGUUCGUUGGCACGUUCCUAUUCCUCUUCUACCCGUUCGCAAGCGGGAUAAUCGCCAAUGAAGUGGUGCUGGAACCCGGCGAGCAAGCGGAUCCUACAGCCCUUCUCUACACGGCGUUGGGCUUCGGGGUGUCUCUGACGGUGAACGUGUGGCUGUUCUUUCGCGUGACAGGCGGCAUGUUGAAUCCUGCGGUAACCCUCGCCCUCUAUUUACUGGGGCUUGUCCCCCCCGUUCGGGCUGUGUUCGUCAUUGUUGCGCAGCUUAUAGGCGGUAUUGCCGCUGCGGGCCUGGCUUCGGCCAUGUUCCCCAACCCGCUGACUGUGGGGACGCGCCUGGGCAACGGCGUCUCGAUAGUUCAGGGGCUAUUCAUUGAGGUAUUCCUGACAGCGCUGUUGGUGCUUGCGAUCAUAAUGCUGGCGGUCGUGAAGCAUAAGGCAACGUUCAUCGCGCCGUUGGGCAUUGGGCUGGCGUUCUUUUUAGCGGAGCUUGUUGGCAUCCCCUUCACCGGCGGCUCCCUAAACCCCGCCCGCUCCCUGGGCCCCGACGUCAUAAACCGCUCCUUCCCAGGUUACCACUGGAUCUACUGGCUCGGCCCCGUCCUGGGCGCCCUGUUGGCUGUCGGCUGGUACCUGUUCCUCCGCGCUUUGCGCUUCGAGACGUGCAGUCCCGGCCAGGAUGCUGAGUUUGAGAGCGGGGCGGUGUUUGAGGGGAGGAGGGGUGGUAUGGCGGCGGCGACAGCGACGGGGACGGGGACGGGGACGGGGGCGGGCAUGGGGAUGGGGGCGGAGCCGAGGAUGCGCGCGGGGACGGGGGUCGGGGCGCGCGGCGGAGAUUUUGAUGCGAAUGUUUGA